AUUCCCUCACUUCAUCGUUCUAAACAACUUUUUUUUUUACAGGCCAGCGGACAAGCCAAUGUAUCACUUGCAAUCAAAGACCAGUCACCGGACUCCGACGCACUUAAGUUGAUUGGCGAUUCCCUGCUAGCGACCAGAUCGCUUGACUUUGAGACACAAAGCUCGUACAACGUGACAAUCGUUGCAACGGACAGCGGUAACCCACCUCUCAGCACCAGUCUCACUGUCACGAUAGAGGUGAUUGACGUAAAUGACCCACCUACUUCCAUCAGUCUGGUGUCUAAAGGAAUCUACGAAAACGCAACUGCCGGUGCGGUUGUAGGUGUACUGCAGGCUCAAGAUGAAGAUGCAAAUCAAUCGCAUCACUUCCAGGUCAUUUCUAGUCAAGUUACAGAUGCGUUCACUGUCGAUGGAAACCAGCUGCAGCAUAGCAACGUGCCACUGAAUUACGAGGCUACGCCGGUUAUCAACGUGACCAUUAAUGCUACUGACAACGGAUCCCCUCGAUACUCAGUACAGGAUGUUUUGUCUGUAAUGGUCCUCGAUAGCAACGAUGUGCCGUCGGACAUAACCUUCAGCUCAUCUCUGUCGGCACCCGACAACACUUCGUUCAGUGUCGUACUACCCGAGAACAGCCCGAGUGGAACUUCGCUGGCGAACUUAAGUGUGGUUGAUCAGGACAUAUCGCAACAACACAACUGCGAACUUCUUGAGGGAGGAAAUUACUUUUACAUAAGUUCAGUGUCGAAGUCGUCAUCGGAGAUUCGCCUGAAACAAGGCGUAGUCUUAAACUACGAAAGUCAUCUGAGCACUCCAAUACAAGUUGCAGUCAAAUGCGAAGACAACGGUAGUCCGCCAUAUUCCGUGCAAAGAAACUUCAGCGUUCAGCUGUCAGACGUGAAUGAAGCUCCUUUUGACAUUCGUUUGAACGGCUCCACUGUAGUGGAGGAAAACGUACGCGUGGGUUACGUCAUAGGAUUCCUCACUUGUAAGGACCCGGAUAUAGGACAAAAUCACACGUUCAUUGUCAUUGGAAAUUACUCCUCUGUCUUCCAGGUAAACAGCGACAACUACCUUGUCGUAAAAGACCCAUCAUACCUGAACUACGAGAACCUUCACCCGCCUGCAAUCCUCACAGUUACUAUUCAAGCCACAGACCAGCCUCCCGAGGGAACAGGACCUUCACUUGACGUCACUAGUGACAUCACAAUCAACGUUCUGGACGUUAACGAGGCACCCCAUGACAUCAGACUAAUACCCGAAAACGUCACUGUACCUGAAAAUGUGUCCAUUGGUUACUGCCUGGCCCAGGUGACGUCCACAAACCCCGAGCGCUCACAAAGAGUGCAUUAUACGCUUCUCAAUUACCGAGAUACGUUCUCCUUAGAUAAUAAAUGCAGGGAUAAUUCUUCUGGUGUCAGUCAAGGAGACAGUAAAAAGCCAUACCUGACAGUCAAGUCACACCUCAGUUACAAUGAUUACGUCAUUCGAGGCUAUCAAAUUUUGAUAGAAGCCGAAGACAACGGAGAUCCCCCGGAAGCGUUUAACGGCACGGUUAACAUUCACGUGACCAAGGUUGACCCCUGCGCGUGGUCCUCGUGUCCCCCGGAUUCCACGUGCAGUCGCGUUGAUUGGCAGAAUUACACGUGCCCUUGCAACAAAGGGUUCAAGCGUGACGGCCUUAACUGCACUGAAAUAGACGAGUGUGAUCCGAAUCCGUGCAGCCACGGCGGUACGUGCCAUGAUUACGUGAAUUAUUACAACUGCACCUGCCCCAGUGGAUAUCACAACGGCUCGGACUGUACGUUCAUCAAUUAUUGCCUUUCAAACCCUUGUCAACACGACUCAACUUGCGACCCCCUCUUAAACAAAUACAGAUGCUAUUGCUCAGUCGGUUAUACAGGAAACCAAUGCGAAACGAACAUAGAUGACUGCGAGAAAGAGCCCUGCGCUGAGGGAACUUGUGUGGAUGGAAUUAACACCUUCACUUGCGACUGUGAGCCUGGAUAUUUUGGACCUCAAUGUCAACGGAAGUCCGAGGAAUGCAAGAAAAAAACAUGCGAAGAACAAGAAAUUUGUAUACCACCAAACAUCAGAAAGUACAAUUCAACGCAAUGUAUUCCGAACGAUUUCAUUAUCUCUUUGGAGUUCCCUGAAGGCGAGAACAUCUCCAGUCCACAUUGGCAAUAUCGGCUUGAAGAGUGGAUAGUAGGACUUGAUCCAUUACUGCUCGGGCAAAUAACAGACGAUGAAGAUGAUUCCACGAUGGUUAAUGUUAAUGAUGUUUUUAUCGUCAGUCCAAGUAUGGAACACGAAGCCAAAGUCAAGAGAAGUGCAGAGGAAGAGAAAUCUUCACCGGUGGAUUUUAUUGUGCUUGUGUAUUCGGAUGAAAAGAAUAAAUUCCUCCCAGUUCCUCCGGAUAUUAUUUUGUGCGGUAUGAACAACACGUGCAUCGCUAAUGGAUUUACAUCGGACGCAGGAACUGAUGACUUUAACUAUAAACUGUGCAAGUCAACGGCCAACAAAGUUGUCUAUCUGGGUAUACCAUCUUGCGUUGUUAAAGAACCCAAAGACGCGCUUCUUAAAAACCAGAAGCACUCAACGCGCAUGCGGUUGUAUUAUGUCGUCGGCGGCAUCGGGGGGCUCCUGUUGAUUGUCAUAAUUACAGGGGUCAUACUAUGCCGACGAAAUACUCUAAGCGAGAAGCAGCGCAAAUGUAUCACACAGGAGCGCCAUAGAGAAAGUGAUGACAGCUACACUGACACCAUGUACCGNAUCAGUCUGGUGUCUAAAGGAAUCUACGAAAACGCAACUGCCGGUGCGGUUGUAGGUGUACUGCAGGCUCAAGAUGAAGAUGCAAAUCAAUCGCAUCACUUCCAGGUCAUUUCUAGUCAAGUUACAGAUGCGUUCACUGUCGAUGGAAACCAGCUGCAGCAUAGCAACGUGCCACUGAAUUACGAGGCUACGCCGGUUAUCAACGUGACCAUUAAUGCUACUGACAACGGAUCCCCUCGAUACUCAGUACAGGAUGUUUUGUCUGUAAUGGUCCUCGAUAGCAACGAUGUGCCGUCGGACAUAACCUUCAGCUCAUCUCUGUCGGCACCCGACAACACUUCGUUCAGUGUCGUACUACCCGAGAACAGCCCGAGUGGAACUUCGCUGGCGAACUUAAGUGUGGUUGAUCAGGACAUAUCGCAACAACACAACUGCGAACUUCUUGAGGGAGGAAAUUACUUUUACAUAAGUUCAGUGUCGAAGUCGUCAUCGGAGAUUCGCCUGAAACAAGGCGUAGUCUUAAACUACGAAAGUCAUCUGAGCACUCCAAUACAAGUUGCAGUCAAAUGCGAAGACAACGGUAGUCCGCCAUAUUCCGUGCAAAGAAACUUCAGCGUUCAGCUGUCAGACGUGAAUGAAGCUCCUUUUGACAUUCGUUUGAACGGCUCCACUGUAGUGGAGGAAAACGUACGCGUGGGUUACGUCAUAGGAUUCCUCACUUGUAAGGACCCGGAUAUAGGACAAAAUCACACGUUCAUUGUCAUUGGAAAUUACUCCUCUGUCUUCCAGGUAAACAGCGACAACUACCUUGUCGUAAAAGACCCAUCAUACCUGAACUACGAGAACCUUCACCCGCCUGCAAUCCUCACAGUUACUAUUCAAGCCACAGACCAGCCUCCCGAGGGAACAGGACCUUCACUUGACGUCACUAGUGACAUCACAAUCAACGUUCUGGACGUUAACGAGGCACCCCAUGACAUCAGACUAAUACCCGAAAACGUCACUGUACCUGAAAAUGUGUCCAUUGGUUACUGCCUGGCCCAGGUGACGUCCACAAACCCCGAGCGCUCACAAAGAGUGCAUUAUACGCUUCUCAAUUACCGAGAUACGUUCUCCUUAGAUAAUAAAUGCAGGGAUAAUUCUUCUGGUGUCAGUCAAGGAGACAGUAAAAAGCCAUACCUGACAGUCAAGUCACACCUCAGUUACAAUGAUUACGUCAUUCGAGGCUAUCAAAUUUUGAUAGAAGCCGAAGACAACGGAGAUCCCCCGGAAGCGUUUAACGGCACGGUUAACAUUCACGUGACCAAGGUUGACCCCUGCGCGUGGUCCUCGUGUCCCCCGGAUUCCACGUGCAGUCGCGUUGAUUGGCAGAAUUACACGUGCCCUUGCAACAAAGGGUUCAAGCGUGACGGCCUUAACUGCACUGAAAUAGACGAGUGUGAUCCGAAUCCGUGCAGCCACGGCGGUACGUGCCAUGAUUACGUGAAUUAUUACAACUGCACCUGCCCCAGUGGAUAUCACAACGGCUCGGACUGUACGUUCAUCAAUUAUUGCCUUUCAAACCCUUGUCAACACGACUCAACUUGCGACCCCCUCUUAAACAAAUACAGAUGCUAUUGCUCAGUCGGUUAUACAGGAAACCAAUGCGAAACGAACAUAGAUGACUGCGAGAAAGAGCCCUGCGCUGAGGGAACUUGUGUGGAUGGAAUUAACACCUUCACUUGCGACUGUGAGCCUGGAUAUUUUGGACCUCAAUGUCAACGGAAGUCCGAGGAAUGCAAGAAAAAAACAUGCGAAGAACAAGAAAUUUGUAUACCACCAAACAUCAGAAAGUACAAUUCAACGCAAUGUAUUCCGAACGAUUUCAUUAUCUCUUUGGAGUUCCCUGAAGGCGAGAACAUCUCCAGUCCACAUUGGCAAUAUCGGCUUGAAGAGUGGAUAGUAGGACUUGAUCCAUUACUGCUCGGGCAAAUAACAGACGAUGAAGAUGAUUCCACGAUGGUUAAUGUUAAUGAUGUUUUUAUCGUCAGUCCAAGUAUGGAACACGAAGCCAAAGUCAAGAGAAGUGCAGAGGAAGAGAAAUCUUCACCGGUGGAUUUUAUUGUGCUUGUGUAUUCGGAUGAAAAGAAUAAAUUCCUCCCAGUUCCUCCGGAUAUUAUUUUGUGCGGUAUGAACAACACGUGCAUCGCUAAUGGAUUUACAUCGGACGCAGGAACUGAUGACUUUAACUAUAAACUGUGCCAGUCAACGGCCAACAAAGUUGACUAUCUGGGUAUACCAUCUUGCGUUGUUAAAGAACCCAAAGACGCGCUUCUUAAAAACCAGAAGCACUCAACGCGCAUGCGGUUGUAUUAUGUCGUCGGCGGCAUCGGGGGGCUCCUGUUGAUUGUCAUAAUUACAGGGGUCAUACUAUGCCGACGAAAUACUCUAAGCGAGAAGCAGCGCAAAUGUAUCACACAGGAGCGCCAUAGAGAAAGUGAUGACAGCUACACUGACACCAUGUACCGACAUCACAUGGCCAAUCAACAGCUAGGAGACGAACCUGGAACUGUCAAUCCCAUAUACGGCAACGCGGAGGAGGAGGUGGUUUCGCAACUUCACAUGGUGGACAACCCGCUCUACCUGGAGCCUGACGCAGGGCAGCCGACAGUGAAACGUUCAGAAUCCGCACGUGGUUUUAAUAAUCCAAUGUACCGCGCUAGCAUAACCCCAGAAAACCAGCAAAUAGGUGAGGGUAAAGAUGAUGAAGAAGAAGAGGCCCCUAAGUCUACCGGGUUCGCCAAUCCCAUGUUUACGUCCUACAGAGAGGAAAAGAAGAAAUCUGAAGCAAAGCAAGACGAAAGUGCGCUCUACUCUGUUCCAAUCAAACCGGGUAAACCAGAUGCCAAGGAGACGAAGGCACCAAUCUACGACACCCCCCAGAAACCGGAUAAACCUGUUGUCCAGGAGCCUGAAGAUAACCAGGCUCCCGGUUUCUUUAAUCCUUUGUACCAGACUCGCAGGGAGGUAGAACAAUUCCCCGAAGAUAUAUCCAGCAUUUUUGACAGGCCCACUCCCCCACCAGUGCAAGCACUUGAUGAUGACGACCACGGGCAGAGUGAGUGCUAAGGGAGUUGAUUGCCCUGACUGUCAAAGCCAUUUUUUUUCCAAAGAUAACUUAGCUAAUAUUUUAAUUUCGGAUUGAAAUUUGAUUUCUUUUUUGAUAACAGACCACAGGGUCAAAACUAUGCUUCCUCUUAAAAAUUAUGAUCAAGAAUCAAAAAGGUUAAUUAGCCACUGUGGGGGCUUGAAAAGAUGACUUUUCGAGCGCUAUUCCCUUACCCCUUUCACUCCCACAAAGGGCUAACACAACCGUGUUUAAUGUGCCUUUAUCAAACUUAUCAGCUUCAAUUUUUAAUGAAAAAGGUGUUAACAUUACCCGCAGACGCAGUGCGAAAGCUUUUGAAGAUAAAAAAAGACAUGUAUCAACACAUGCUGAAACUAAUGUUCUAAAAUUGAAGCUGUAGUGAUGAUCAACCGUUCGGUCCAAAAAUUUCAUUGCGACUAGUGGUCAUUAGUGUCUCUGCUUAUUUUUUCUUACUUAUCAGAGAAACGUGACAUCUAUGUCAUUACUACAGUGGCGGAUCCAAUUAGAUAUACACAGGGAGGGGUUUACCUUCCCACCUUAAUUUUAAGGCUCGAAGGGGCGGAAAAAAUUUGGGGCCCCACCAUAUAAAGUGAUCUGGAUCCCCAGUGUAUUACGUAGGCUUUAGGUUUAAAUCUCAGACGUCGAUUUGACUCAGAGAUGAAGAAACUGAUACGGUGUUAGAAGAUCAUUUUUUCCUCAGGGUUUUAUAGAGAAAGAGAGUAAAAGAUGUAUAAUAUUGUUUGAUUAAUUGCCCUGAGAAAUCAUACUUGUUGAUUAAAUCGCGCUUUCAUGCGAUCGGUUUUUGAGAAAGAAAUAAUAUACUAGUAAUACAAAAAAGGUUAGUGCAAAUGCAAUAAGCAUUGCAAACAACGACUGUAUUUUAUAAAUGCAGUUUAAUACUAACACACUUGUGACUUCCAUUGACAGGCUAGACGAGUUUCAACUGACAUGACAAAGCUGACAGCUAACACGUUUAAAACCAUUGUAAUGGCUUAUGCUACAGCUUUAAUGGACAUUCUCGGACAACACAGUGGAAUGCGUUAUGCUGGCUGUCGAUAGCCACAUAAAUUAAUUAGUUCUUUCUUCUUAUAAUUAAUAUUUUCAAAUAAUCCCUCAAUAUUCUUUGAUUUGCACUCAAUUCCGUCGUCGUUAAUAAUCAUUUGGUGAUAACGUUUAAUGCAAAAUGCUUUGUAGUUUUUAAUCUCGCUGACGAGAGUCAAUAACCAAUAUUGUUUAAUUGUUAUUCGGGAUUAUAUGACGACCCUCUCUGGGGAGAGUAAAGUAUAGGUUUAAGAGAAGAAUAUUAUUGGAGAGACGUUCGUCCGCUUUGAAUUUAUUACAUUUAAUCAAAUUAAUUUGAAUUCAAGUCAUAACGAAAUUAUCUCUAAUGAAGUGAAUCAAUUAAGCACAAAAUACCGUUUCAUUAUGAUUUGUUUGCGAAGACAGUAUUAUUAAGGCUGGGGCUAUGUCAAUACUGUGCUUGUUAUCGGUGUAAACUGAAGGCGAUAGGUUAAAAUAUGAAAGAAAACUGAUGGACUCGAGUGGCAGUGCUCGUGAUUCCAAGAUUGGCACUAGCACUGUGGCAGUGAAGAAACGUGUAAGUUUGCUACAUUUAGCGUAUACCUUUUUGCCUCGGAGAAAGUAGACACGAAGUCAAACGAAGAUUUCCGAUCGACGUUCGGUCGCUUUCGGACAUCCCUUUAGCAAGUUGUACUUCUUUGGUGACAUGGCCCCUUUUCUACUUGUUUAUCGCUUAAUAGAAUCCUUGUAGAGUACAACAAAAAUAGUUGUGUUAUUUCCAGCUGACUUUUUUCAUCAUAAUACAAUGAAUAUGCAAUGCAUCCAAAUCAUUGAUAUGGGCUUGGGCUUAAACUGCCAAACUGAACAAAUAAUUUAAUAUAAUUAAGUGUUAAAAUGUGUGGCUGGAACUCAUGAUUAAAUUAAUAUUGUACAAUGAUUAUUUAGACUAUUUAGGUAAUUUGUAAAAUUUAAUGAAACAAUAAAUGAUCCUUUCAAUAAA